CAAAGGCAGCCUGGCUCCCGAGGCCCACCUUCUACACCCCAAGGUCCAGAUGGCGGCCAACGUGGGUGAUCAGCGUAGCACAGAUUGGUCCUCUCAGUACAGCAUGGUGGCUGGGGCAGCCAGAGAGAAUGGCUUGGAGACGCCCAUGCACGAGAACCCGGAGUGGGAGAAGGCCCGCCAGGCCCUGGCCAGCAUCAGCAAGGCGGGGGCCGCCGGCAGCUCGGCCAAGGCCAGCAGCAACGGGCCCGUGGCCAGCGCGCAAUACGUGUCCCAGGCAGAGGCGUCCGCUCUGCAGCAGCAGCAGUACUACCAGUGGUACCAGCAGUACAACUACGCCUACCCGUACAGCUACUACUACCCCGUGAGCAUGUAUCAGAGCUAUGGCUCCCCCUCCCAGUACGGGGUGGCCAGCGCCUACGGCUCCGCCACCCCCCAGCAGCAGUCCGCACCCCAGCACCAAGGGACUCUGAACCAGCCCCCUGUUCCUGGCAUGGAUGAAACGAUGUCCUACCAGGCGGCCCCCCAGCAGCUGCCGGCAGCCCAGCCCCCACAGCCAUCCAACCCUCCUCACGGGGCGCACACACUGAGCAGCGGCCCUCAGCCUGGGACAGCUCCUGCCACUCAGCACAGCCAGGCCGGGCCCGCCUCAGGCCAGGCCUACGGCCCCCACACAUACACUGAGCCUGCCAAGCCCAAGAAGGGCCAGCAGUUGUGGAACCGCAUGAAGCCAGCCCCUGGAACCGGUGGUCUCAAGUUCAACAUUCAGAAACGGCCCUUUGCAGUCACCGGCCAGAACUUCAGCUCUACCCCGGAAGGCCAGCACAGCAGCUUCGGCCCCCAGCCCAACCCUGAGAAGGCCCAGAGCCACAGGGGGAGCCUGUCUGGCAAGCCCGACGACUGGCCCCAGGACAUGAAGGAGUACGUGGAGCGCUGCUUCACGGCCUGUGAGUCGGAGGAGGACAAGGACCGGACGGAGAAGCUGCUCAAGGAGGUGCUGCAGGCCCGGCUGCAGGACGGCUCAGCCUACACCAUCGAUUGGAGCCGGGAGCCUCUGCCAGGGCUGACUCGGGAGCCUGUGGCUGAGAGCCCCAAGAAGAAGCGGUGGGAGGCCCCUAGCAGCCUUCACCCUCCCAGGGGGGCAGGCUCAGCGACAAGGGGCGGGGGUGCCCAGUCCCAGCGAGGGACUCCAGGGGCUGGGGGUGCUGGCCGAGCCCGGGGCAGCAGCUUCGCCAAGUUUGGCAACCGCAAUGUCUUCAUGAAGGACAACAGCUCCUCCUCCAGCACGGACUCCCGCUCCCGCUCCUCCUCGCGGUCCCCCACCCGCCACUUCCGCCGAAGUGCCUCCCACUCGGACUCCGACAGCUCCUACUCGGGGAACGAGUGUCACCCUGUGGGUCGCAGGAACCCGCCCCCCAAGGGCCGGGGUGGUCGGGGGGCCCACAUGGAUCGGGGCCGAGGCCGGGCGCAGCGUGGGAAGAGGCACGAUCUAGCUCCCACCAAGCGCAGCCGCAAGAAGAUGGCGGCCCUGGAGUGUGAGGACCCAGAGCGUGAGCUGAAGAAGCAGAAGCGGGCAGCCCGCUUCCAGCACGGACAUUCCCGCCGCCUGCGCCUCGAGCCCCUGGUGCUGCAGAUGGGAAGCCUGGAGAGCAGCGGGGCCGACCCUGACUGGCAGGAGCUGCAGAUCGUGGGCACCUGCCCCGACAUCACCAAGCACUACUUGCGUCUCACCUGUGCCCCCGACCCGUCCACCGUGCGCCCCGUGUCAGUUUUGAAAAAGUCCCUGUGCAUGGUCAAGUCACACUGGAAGGAGAAGCAGGACUACGCCUUCGCCUGCGAGCAGAUGAAGUCCAUCCGGCAGGACCUGACGGUGCAAGGCGUCCGCACUGAGUUCACAGUGGAGGUGUACGAGACCCACGCCCGCAUCGCCUUGGAGAAGGGUGACCACGAAGAGUUCAACCAGUGCCAGACGCAGCUCAAGUCGCUCUAUGCUGAGAACGUCCCGGGCAACGUGGGUGAAUUCACCGCCUACCGGAUCCUCUACUACAUCUUCACCAAGAACUCGGGAGACAUCACCACGGAGCUGGCUUACCUGACGCGGGAGCUGAAGACAGACCCUUGUGUGGCCCACGCCCUGGCACUCAGGGCGGCCUGGGCGCUGGGCAACUACCACCGCUUCUUCCGGCUCUACUGUCAGGCGCCCUGUAUGUCUGGCUACCUCGUGGACAAGUUCGCAGACCGGGAGCGCAAGGCCGCCCUCAAGGCCAUGAUCAAAACCUUCCGCCCUGCGCUGCCCGUCUCCUACCUGCAGGCCGAGCUGGCCUUCGAGGGCGAGGCCGCCUGCCGGGCCUUCCUAGAGCCCCUGGGCCUGGCCUACGCGGGCCUGGACAACGCCAGCAUCGACUGCCGCCUCAGCCUGGCGCAGCUGUCAGCCUUCUGAGCACCGCGACGGGGCGGGGCGGGGCUGCGCCCCACUGCGCGGCCUUUGCGGAGUUUGUUUCUGAGCCGUGGACUUGGGCUGUAAAUUAAUUUUGGGGAGUGGGCUCCAGGAGGAGCCACCCUCCCCUCCCCGUUUCCCACCGGGGAGUCUGUACAGAGAGUUUUUUCUACAUUUUUAUUUUUGGCCUCAGAGGGUUGGGGGGAAGGGCAGCGGGGGGUGGGGCGCAGUCUAGGCUCGUCCGUCCCGGCACCUGCACUAAUGCUGUCUCAGUGUUCUCUCUCUCUCUCUCUCGAGCUCGUACUCCGGCACCCGACCCGGCACGCUGGCCUGUCCCAAGCUGGGGGGCCAGCGGAAGAGGACCGGCCGCCCCGCCUGUGCCCGCUGCGGCGCGGCCAGCACGCCCGCCCGCCGCCGCCUCGGCCCCGCCACAGACUCUUGUUGCCCAGCCCCCCGGGGCCACCGUGUUUGGGGUGCGGGGAGCCAUGGAGAGACUGUGCCCUGCCUUCGGCCCCCCACCCCGGAAACGCCGACGCCAUCGCCCCCGCCCGAUCCCCCCCGCCACGGCGCUCCGAGGACUCCGGGGGCCUUCGCGGGACCUCGCCGGCCGGCCACCUCGUCUGCAGUUGCAUUAAGUUGUCUCGUGUCCCCCCUCCCUCCACCCCCAAUGUCUCUCCUGGUUUUUUUUCCCCUCCCCCCCCUCCUGUCCCUUUCCUCCCUCGGUUCAGCACAGGUAAAGCAGUUCCCUCCCCUCCCACUCCAUGGAUCACCAGCUCACGUCAUGUUUCCUUCCUUCUUUCUGUGUGUGUUUAUUUCAGUUAUUUUUCUUCUUCCUCCCUUUUUCUUUUCGGCCUCCCUCCCUCCCUCUUCUGCCAUGUAACUGGAGGGCGUGCAAUGCGUCUGCAAACAGCUGGACUGUCAGGCUGCUUUUUUUCCAGAUGUUUCUCCUCUGCCCCCUCCCCUCCUCCUCCCUUUCCUCCUUCAUUCUUUCCUUGGAGCACUGCGCACCAUUUGAAGCUUGAGAGAAACCAAAAUUAAAGAGAGAGCGAGAGAGCACACCUGU